GUGACGCGACGAGGGCAGGGCCGCCGGCCGGGGAGCCUCAGCCUCCGCCGCCGCCGCCGCCGCUGCUUGGGCCGGGAAGCGAUGUAGUAGCCGCCAGGCCGUCUCCCACCCUGCCCGGCCCGAGCCCCGCGGGCCGCCGCCGUGACCGCCGCCAUGAAGAAGCAGUUCAACCGCAUGAAGCAGCUGGCUAACCAGACCGUGGGCAGAGCUGAGAAAACAGAAGUCCUCAGUGAAGAUCUAUUACAGAUUGAGCGACGCCUGGACACAGUCCGGUCGGUAUGCCACCAUUCCCAUAAGCGCUUGGUGGCAUGUUUCCAGGGCCAGCAUGGCACCGAUGCUGAGAGGAGAUAUAAAAAACUGCCUCUGACAGCCCUUGCUCAGAAUAUGCAAGAAGCAUCGACUCAGCUGGAAGACUCUCUCCUGGGGAAGAUGCUGGAGACGUGUGGAGAUGCUGAGAAUCAGCUGGCUCUCGAGCUCUCCCAGCAUGAAGUCUUUGUUGAGAAGGAGAUCGUGGACCCUCUGUAUGGUAUCGCCGAGGUGGAGAUUCCCAACAUCCAGAAACAGAGGAAACAGCUUGCAAAACUGGUGUUAGACUGGGAUUCAGUCAGAGCAAGGUGGAACCAAGCUCACAAAUCCUCAGGAACCAACUUUCAGGGGCUUCCAUCAAAAAUAGAUACUCUAAAGGAAGAGAUGGAUGAAGCUGGAAAUAAAGUAGAACAGUGCAAGGAUCAACUUGCAGCCGACAUGUACAACUUCAUGGCCAAAGAAGGGGAGUACGGCAAAUUCUUUGUUACGUUAUUAGAAGCCCAAGCAGAUUACCAUAGAAAAGCAUUAGCAGUCUUAGAAAAGACCCUCCCCGAAAUGCGAGCCCAUCAAGAUAAGUGGGCGGAAAAGCCAGCCUUUGGGACUCCUCUAGAAGAACACCUGAAGCGGAGUGGGCGCGAGAUUGCGCUGCCCAUUGAAGCCUGUGUCAUGCUGCUCCUGGAGACAGGCAUGAAGGAGGAGGGCCUUUUCCGAAUUGGGGCUGGGGCCUCCAAGUUAAAGAAGCUGAAAGCUGCUUUGGAUUGUUCUACUUCUCACCUGGAUGAGUUCUAUUCAGACCCCCAUGCAGUAGCAGGUGCUUUAAAAUCCUAUUUACGGGAAUUGCCUGAACCUUUGAUGACUUUUAAUCUGUAUGAAGAAUGGACACAAGUUGCAAGUGUGCAGGAUCAAGACAAAAAACUUCAAGACUUGUGGAGAACAUGUCAAAAGUUGCCACCACAAAAUUUUGUUAACUUUAGGUAUUUGAUCAAAUUCCUUGCAAAGCUUGCUCAGACCAGCGAUGUGAAUAAAAUGACUCCCAGCAACAUUGCGAUUGUGUUAGGCCCUAACUUGUUAUGGGCCAAAAAUGAAGGAACACUUGCUGAAAUGGCAGCAGCCACAUCCGUCCAUGUGGUUGCGGUGAUUGAACCCAUCAUUCAGCAUGCCGACUGGUUCUUCCCUGAAGAGGUGGAAUUUAAUGUAUCAGAAGCAUUUGUACCUCUUGCCACCCCGAAUUCUAAUCACUCAUCCAACACUGGAAACGACUCUGACUCGGGGACCCUGGAGAGGAAGCGGCCUGCUAGCAUGGCGGUGAUGGAAGGAGACUUGAUGAAGAAGGAAAGCUUUGGUGUGAAGCUUACGGACUUCCAGGCCCACCGGCGGGGUGGCACUCUAAAUAGAAAGCACAUAUCCCCUGCUUUCCAGCCGCCACUCCCGCCCACAGAUGGCAGCACCGUGGCGCCCGCUGGCCCAGAGCCCCUUCCCCAGAGCUCAAGGGCUGAAAGCAGCUCUGGGGGUGGGACUGUCCCUUCCUCUGCGGGCAUACUGGAGCAGGGGCUGAGCCCAGGUGAUGGCAGUCCUCCCAAAGCCAAGGAGCCUGUAUCUGCAGCUGCACCUGCACCAGGGAGAAACAACAGUCAGAUAGCCUCUGGCCAAAACCAGGGCCAGGCAGCUGCCAGCUCCCACCAGCUCUCCGUGGGCCCACCUCACAAUGCCGCAGGGCCCAGCCCGCAUACGCUGCGCAGAGCUGUUAAAAAACCCGCUCCAGCACCCCCGAAACCAGGCAACCCACCUCCUGGCCAACCUGGGGGCCAGAGUUCUUCAGGAACAUCUCAGCAUCCACCCAGUCUGUCACCAAAGCCACCUACCCGAAGCCCCUCUCCUCCCACUCAGCACACAGGCCAGCCUCCAGGCCAGCCCUCCGCUCCCUCCCAGCUUUCAGCACCCCGGAGGUUCUCCAGUAGCCUGUCUCCAAUCCAAGCUCCCAAUCACCCACCGCCGCAGCCCCCUACGCAGGCCACGCCGCUGAUGCACACCAAACCCAAUAGCCAGGGCCCUCCCAACCCCGUGGCAUUGCCCAGUGAGCAUGGACUUGAGCAGCCAUCUCACACCCCUCCCCAGACUCCAACCCCCCCCAGUACUCCGCCCCUAGGAAAACAGAACCCCAGCCUGCCAGCUCCUCAGACCCAAGUUGGGGGUAACCCUGAGACUGCACAGCCACAUGCUGGAACCUUACCGAGACCGAGACCAGUACCAAAGCCAAGGAACCGGCCUAGUGUGCCCCCACCCCCCCAUCCUCCUGGUGUCCACUCAGCUGGGGACGGCAGCCUCACUAACACAGCACCAACAGCUUCCAAGAUAGUAACGGAUGCCCUUCCUAGUGCCCUCACAGGUGGGGAAGGUUUCCAGGACUAAGCAGUUUCGAGGAGAGACCUCUUCCUAGGGCAGCCCAGGGGCCAUCAGGAGGGUUCAUCUCAUCAUUAGAGGCCUUGAUAAAAAUGAGGCUUCCUUUCCUCCAUCAAAGCAAGCAAAUCCUUUGAAAGCUGCCUCUCUACAGGCUGCCCUGGGCUCAUAGCCAACAACAUCAGAGCCUGGAGGUGGGGCUGUACCACUCAGCCACCCUCUGGGAUCUCAAAGGCUCCACUUGGCUUCUAAGGGCUGAUGAGGGCCUCUCGCAAGGGACUCUGUGUGCAUGGGCUGACUUUGAAACUUCCCAGCCUCUCUCCUUCUCAGAGCACCCUCAGAUGGCCUCUUGGGCGUUAACCCUUCAUUGAUAUCAUGUCUUCUCGUGUUUUUGUCCAGACGCCAAUUCCAGGGUUUCAGAACCACUUCAAAGCAUCUUUCCUGAAAUGCACUCAGACUCAGCCAGCAAAGACAUGCCUGGCUGCAUCCUGCUGGAUAUAGACAAUGAUACCGAGAGCACCGCCCUGUGAAAAACGCCACCUCCCAGCCCUUCACCCCGUCCACCUUGGCAAAUGGAGCAGGGGAAGGCAAACCUCUUUCUUUGCAGACCAAACAGUGAAAAGCUUUCAGUGGAGGACAGAGGAGGGCCUCACUGUGCGGGACUUGGCCUUCUGCACGGCCCAAGGAGAACCUGGAGGCCGCCACUGAAGCUGAAUGACCUGUGUCUUGAAGAAGUUGGCUUUCUUUACAUGGGAAGGAAAUCAUGCCAAAAAAAAAAAAACCAAAACAAAACAAAACAAAAAAAACAGAGAAAUACCUGGAAUGGAGAGAGUAUUCCUGCUGAGAUGUGCAUCGGAAGCUUUUGUCUCUGCUCCGAAUGCGGGCAGCACCUACAGCAACUUGGAAUGAGUCAGAAGCAGUAUGUUAACUAUUUAAUAAAAUGCGCUCAUUAUGCAAGUCGCCCACUGUCUGCUACCUGGACCUUCAUUCUUAUGUAUCAGGAGGGAGGCACUUCUCCUUCAGACUUGCUGCAGAAUCAUUUUGUAUCAUGUAUGGUCUGCGUCUCCCCAGUCCCCUGAGAACCAUGCACAUGGAUGGUGACUGCUGGCUCUGUCACCUCGUCAAACUGGAUGUGACCCAUGCCGCCUCGUUGGAUUGCCGGAAUGUAGACAGAAAUGUACUGUUUUCUUUUUUAAACAGUGUAAUUGCUACUUGAUAAGGACCGAACAUUAUUCUAGUUUCAUGUUUAAUUUGAAUUAAAUACAUUCUGUGGUUUAUAUGAAAA